AUGUGUUGUGAAAGGGGACCACUUACAGAUGUGGUUAGUUACCAUCGAUCAGACGACGUUCUGGCCGUCCGCGCCGCUCUGAAAUGCACGUCCAUUCGUUUUCUCGAUUCUUUCCUAUCUUGCAUGUCUUCUCAACACUGUCCCCUAUGUCCCCCCUCUCUUUCCCCGCUACUUCCCCUUCCCCUCCCUCCAACCCCUCCCUUUACCCCUCUCUACAUCCUGCAUCUCCCCAUGCCCUUCUUCCCCCCCGCUUCAUCCCGUUUCUCCCUCUUCCCCGUUCCCACUCUGUCCCAGUGCAUGGCAUCAGGACGCACAGACACGCUUGCUGUUCAGUGCGUCACAGCACCGUUCUCAACCGCACCAUCCCCAGCAGGCGGGGCAGAGGAAGAGGGCGGAGUGGAGGGCGUCGGAGACUGGGAGUGGAUGUGUGCGGAGGUGGCAAGGAGGCCCGGGCAGGUCAGCAUGGUGCAGCUGGGGCCCAUGACCAAUCUCUCCCAGUCGAAUCUUCUUGGCUGA